AUGAGCAGCCCAGAACCACUGCAUAUCGCUGUCCUCGUCAACACGCCCCCUAAUAACGAGUUCUGGAAUGACGUGCGCAAGUCAUAUCAUGCUGCCUUUCGAGGUGUUGCACCCGACGCCCAGAUUGACAUGUAUGACCCUGUCUUCCAAGGCAACUUCCCUGAUCCCCAAGUAUACGACCUGAUCGUCCUGAGCGGAGGCAAAGCGGAUGCCUCCUCUUCUGAGCCCUGGGUUCUGGGCGUGCUAGAUUUCCUGCGUGAGACAGCGCGGGAAUCACCCAAGACCAAGAUCCUCGGUAUCUGCUGGGGUCACCAGGCUAUCUCAAGGGCGUUCGGUGGAGAGGUGCGAGCUGUGCCUACGGGUCCAAUUGCUGGCCUUGAAGACGUGAAGUUGACAGAAGCCGGGAAGAAAUUCUUUGCUUGCGCCCCAGACAUUAACUCUUAUAGCCUGCCAGAGUUUCAUGUACGGGAGGUAGCAAAACCUGGAUUAGGAUUUAUUCACUUGGCUGAAAACCAUGAAAUGUUUGUGAAUCAAGAAAAUACGGUCUUGUCGUUCCAAGCACAUCCAGAGGUCGAGGCCGCACUCGCCAAAAAGUUAUUGUUGGAAGAGGACGAUGUUUACAAUGGCAAUCUUUCUCAGCAGAAACUAGAGGGUCAUUUGAAAAAACUCGAUCAGCCAACGGAUGGGGUUGAGGUGCUGAGACGGGUAAUUGAAUGGGUGAAGGAGUGA